AUGGGGGCAGUACAAUAUUAAACAUAAAUACCACCUUAAUUUAGAAACACUAGUUAUACCAAAUUAUGGAAUAUAAAUAAACGGAAGACUCUCUUGGUCCCAAUUAAUUCAACGUUUAGGAACGACAAAACCUUAUAUUUAGUGUACCUAUGUACUAAACAAUCUACAACCGAGUGAGGGGCGGUCAGGACUCAGGAGGACAUGUGGAUGAAGGGAAACAUUGCGACGUGAUCGAUAUCAGAAAACAUUCUGAUGCACCUGUAUUCCUUGACAUUCCGUAAGGGAAGAGAUUUGGAGUAACCAGGUGUUCAUCCAUCAUUACUAACUUCUGUAUUGGCACAUUAAAUAAUUAGAACUAUGGAUUUCAUAUUUCCAUUCUAUUUUCAUUCAAGGAUCAAUGAUGAUAAAUUGCCCGCCAAUUUCAUUCAUUCAUUUGCACUAAACGUUAGUUACGCUUGCUACCUACAUUGCCAAAGUAUUGUGUAAUUGAUAUACUUCGUUAGGUAGCGUCGAUUUGUAACGUAGCGUGACAGCAAUGACAACAUGUACUUUUUUGUCUAGAGCGCUUGGAUACACUACUUACUUUCAUUACAUUUCAAUUUCAACCCAAAGAGCAAUUAAUAUUAAAUAGGUAGGGUUUCAAAUUCAAUUUUCCCAGUUCGCAAUUUUAGGAAAACAAAGGAUUUAUGAAAAUAGAAACUAUUAUGUAAGGUGUAGCUUGCCAGAUCGUUAUCUCAAAAAUAGACCUGCUCAAAUUUUGCAUUAAUAAUAUUAAAAAUACUGUCUUAUCUACGGGGGACUUAGUCAAUAGUUUAGUAGUGUUUGGCAGCUACCUACUGAGCUACGCCACAAGAUUAUUUUAGUAGUACACUUGACCGGCUAACCUACUGGUAUUGAUCUACUCGAUUUGAUCUUUGAGCACCUUUUAAUUAGGAUGGCGGCUAACAUUUCCGUUCCGAUCAUAUGGGUCCUUGGAGGUCCUGGCUCUGGAAAAGGCACCAUGUGUGACAAAAUGGUUGCAAAAUAUGGUCUUGUACAUUUGUCAUCGGGGGAUUUAUUACGAAAUGAGGUGAGCAGCGGAUCUGCACGAGGAAAAGAACUAUCCGCCGUAAUGGAACGAGGAGAAUUGGUUUCAAGGCAGAUUGUACUUGACCUACUGAAAGAGGCCAUCAUGUCGAAUGCAGCAUCCGCAAAAGGAUUUUUAAUCGACGGUUAUCCCCGCGAAAAGGAACAGGGAGAACUAUUCGAGCAGCAAAUUGGAGCUGUUACGAUAGUACUAUACAUCGACGCCGCAGAUGACACCUUAGUUAAAAGACUGUUGGGACGUGCUUUAACUUCUGGCAGGGCCGACGACAAUGAGGAAACCAUUAAAAAGCGCCUGCACACUUUCCAUACACAUAACGAUGCAGUCCUCGCUGCAUAUGAAAGCAAAACCAAAAGGAUCGACUCGGAACCUGCACCUGAGGUGGUGUUCAAGCAAAUUGAACUUCACUUAGAUCCGAUUUUCAAGUAAAUGCAAGUCGCAUGAAAUCUUGAAGUGUUCUAAUUAAAGAUGCCUUAUUAAAUUUAUCACAGCUUAUUACGUUAUCUUUCUGUGCAUUACACAUUUUUGAACCAUA